AUGUACUCAAAGUGCACCCUUAUCGACUAUGCUUUCAGAGUCUUCAACUACCCAACCCAUCAUCAAAGAAACGUUUUUGCUUACAAUGCAAUCAUUGCUGGAUUCGUUUCCAACGGGCUUUCCCAAUAUGGGGUUCUUCUUUAUAAACAAAUGCGGUAUCUGGGUAUUGUUGUUCCUGAUAAGUUCACUUUCCCAUGUGUGAUCAGAGCUUGUGGUGAUGCUGAGGAGGAUUUGGAGGUUAAGAAGAUUCAUGGCUUGUUGUUUAAACUUGGGUUGGAAUUGGAUGUUUUUGUUGGAAGUGCUUUGGUUAUUACUUACUUGAAAUUUGGAUUUGUGGUGGAUGCACAUGAGGUGUUUGAUGAAUUGCCUGUUAGAGAUGUUGUGCUUUGGAACUCAAUGGUUAAUGGGUAUGCGCAGAUUGGCCACUUUGAGGAGGCCUUGAGGGUGUUUAGGAGGAUGGUGGAAAAUGGGGUAGUUCCUUGUAGAUAUACAGUUACUGGUGUUUUGUCUAUAUAUUCUGUGAUAGGAGACUUUGACAAUGGAAGAGCUGUUCAUGGGUUUGUGAUAAAAAUGGGUUAUGAUUCUAGUGUUGUUGUUUCAAAUGCACUGAUUGAUAUGUAUGGGAAAUGCAAAUGUGCUAGUGAUGCCUUGAAUGUAUUUGAGAUUAUGGAUGAGAAGGAUAUAUUUUCAUGGAACUCAGUAAUAUCAGUUCAUCAACGGUGCAGUGAUCAUUAUGGAACUUUGAGGCUUUUUGAUAGGAUGCUAGGCAAUAGGGUUCAACCUGAUUUAGUUACAGUUACAACAGUACUUCCAGCUUGCACUCAUCUAGCAGCCUUGAUGCAUGGUAGAGAGAUACAUGGGUAUAUGAUUGUAAAUGGGUUGGGGAAGGAAGGAACAAAUAACGAGUUUGAUGAUGUUCUAUUGAACAAUGCAUUGAUGGACAUGUAUGCAAAAUGUGGAAAUAUGAGAGACGCUCACAUGGUUUUUGAUAACAUUAAUUUCUUAGCUUAA